AUGCUGACCGUGCCUCUUAUAAUUUUAUUAUUUGGAUUACAUCCAGUACAGGCUCUUCCAGCAACUCUAACCUGCAACAAUUCUACUGAAUUCGACUGUGAAACACCUGCUGCUGACCCCCAUCGAUGUAUCCCGCUCGAAUGGCUUUGCGACGGUUUAAAGGACUGCAAGAGUGGUUUGGAUGAAUUCCAUUGUUCGUAUCUGCAUUCAUGCCCAGAGGGGAAUUUUAUUUGCCGUUCCGGUGAUUGUGUGUCGGGGAAGUUCAAAUGUGACGGUGAAAUUGACUGUCCGGGUGGUGAGGACGAGAAAGGCUGUGAUUAUCCGGGAAGUCGUGGCCCGGGAGUGAGAUCGGCCGUAAUGGAUUGUCCGGAUCACAUGUUCCACUGCUCGUAUGGUCCGUGUGUAGCUCGGGCGUAUGUCUGUGACGGGGAAGAGGAUUGUCCCUUAGGAGAGGACGAGCGCAAUUGCACCCGAAACAGACGCAAAGAUUCACGUAUCAAACACGAACUCACCUCAUGUGAUCCGGGGAUGAUCUUAUGCGCUGACCAUGCGGCAUGUUUCCCAAAACAUUGGGUUUGUGAUGGAGAACCGGAUUGUUUGGAUGGAAGCGACGAAUCGGAUUGUGAACUAUCAGUGGAUAACUUCUUAGCGGAAACCGUAACCGAACUCUGUCAUCCAGGAGAGCACAGAUGUAACGGAGGAAUGCUGUGCAUUGCGAUGAAUCGUACCUGUGACGGAACGAUCGAUUGUCCUGACGGUGACGACGAGGCGCCGCUUUGCAACGAAUGUCGAACACGGAAGAUUCCGUGCGAAUACAACUGCGUGAACACCCCAUUGGGAUCCUCGUUGAAUCCUGAUGAGCACACGUGCUCUCAGAUUAAUGAAUGUGAGACGAACGAAGCGAAGCUAUGUCAGCACUAUUGUGAGGAUCGACAUAUAGGGUAUCAGUGCACAUGUGCUCCCGGCUAUCGACUCGGCGCCGACGAACACAGUUGUCGACUCGACAGAGAUCACGAAGGAAUGCUAUUUGUUGCCCUCGGGCAUGAGGUUCGAGCCAUGCCGUUGUUCGACUCACGAACAUCCACCUCCGGAUAUGAAACGGCACAAUCCAUAGGAUCUCUAGGAGUGGUUCGGUCCAUAGAUUUUCAUGGAAACCAGCAAUUAAUCUACAUGACCAUCGCCGGUUCCAAUUUGAAUGGAGAAAUUGCGGUGUCCAGCGGUGGUCUUCUACGAAUUAUUCGCGAAAACGUGGCCGGUGUUGGACAAGUGGCAGUGGAUUGGAUCGGUGGAAAUUUCUACCUCACACAUCGAUAUCCAUCAUUAACUCCUGGUAUCAGCGUAUGUACCGAGGAUGGUUUCUUCUGUCGUCGUAUCGUCAAAGGACUGCCAGCUGAUCCUGUAGAUCAUGGAAAGAAGCAACAGUAUAGAGGAAUUGCACUGCAUCCUCAAAGAGGUGCCAUCGUAUGGAUUGAAUCAUACGGUAGCCGUCACAGGAUCGUCAGCGCUAACAUGAAUGGGAAAAACAUUCGAAUUCUUGUGGACAACAAGCUGGAGUAUCCUACCGGUUUAUCCAUCGAUUUGAUUAGAAGUGAUGUCUACUUUGGUGACGUUGAGAGACAGAUGAUCGAGCGUGUCAACAUGGAUACGAAGCAGAGGAUCGUCGUCCUAACUCAAGCAGUACAUCAUCCCUAUGAUCUAAGAUAUUUCAAUGGAUUUUUGUAUUGGACUGAUUGGGCAACAUCAUCAUUAAAAGUAUCGGAACUAAGCAUACAUCAUGAAUCUGCUCAUAUAAUCCAUUCGUUUACCACGCUGCCGUACGGUUUGGCUAUCAACCACACGAUGUAUCAGCCCGCUCCGUCAAUGAAUCCGUGCGCUGGAAGCGGAUGUCAGUGGAUAUGCGUGUCGAUUCCAAACGUUGAAGGUGAAAUGCAGCCGCAAUGUCUGUGUCCAGACGGUUACAAGACGGAAGAGAAUGGUGACUGUGCUCCAAUUGACCCAACUGACAACACCUCCGCUGAGGAUUCGAAUGCUAAACCUAGUGUCGCGGUUGCCUCCAUGGAUAAAUCGCAUGUUGGAGUCGCUUGGAUGAAGGAACGAUGUCAAGCUGGAGAUGGUUGCCUGAAUGGCGGCCAAUGUCAUGAGAUCAAAAACGAACACGGCCGUGUGACGAAGAUUCUCUGCAGCUGCGAAUCACCGUACGAAGGUCACCGCUGCGAACGCCUCAAUCCAGAAAAGGAACUGGCGAAGCAGAUAGCUGCUUCUAAGAAAUCCAUCUGGAUAACCGUGUUCUUCAUCAUCCUCUUCUUAUCACUCUUCAUUGGUGCAUUCUUCAUUUCGUACCGUUACGUUGAACCGAUCAGUAAAACCACAAAAUCAAUACUGACAUCAAUGGAACGACGUCUGGUGACAAUACCACCGCCUACUAUGCCUAAUUUAUCGCCCAUAAUAACAUCUAUGAAGUCACGAUUAGCAUCCACAAUGGCUGCCAGAAGUCCUCGAAGUGCCAGCGUUUUACGAACAGAAUUUACCAAUCCACUAUUCGACGAUCGGUCGUCGAAUGGUUCAUCACCGGAGGAGCCAGUGAAUGACGCUACUGCGUUGACAUAUAACAAUCCGUUGUACGUUGAGGAUACUUCACAUGCAGCACCGUUUUCUGGAAUUCAUGUGACCUACACUAAUAAGUUCACACCACCGUAG